CCAAAAUUUUGCGUUGCGGCAAGCCUUUCUUCACGAGAAAUUCUAUAUGUGAAAACAUCUAUAUUCGAAAAAGGGUCAAUUUUAGUCUCGGAAUUGCCACUUUUUUUCUAUAGGUCACAUUUUUGCGCCGUAAAAAGUUCAAAUUCGUGAAGAGCUCAAGAUUCUGAGUUACAUAAUAUAUUUUUCGAUAAAAAUUUUCAAGUACUAAUUCUAUGGACAACCCAACAAGGAAUAAUAGGUCUUAUAGAGUGGCUCAUGCUAUUUCAAAAAACAAAAGAGUUUUGUAAACUCUCGUUAUGAUAUUCGUAAUUAGCGCUUCUAAUUAUACACAUGCAUCUAGUUUUAAAUGUUUGAAAAAGAAUCUUUUUUUUCAUGAUACCUGUGUGGAACCUCAGGCACGAAAAUCGUCAAUGUCGAUUUUCAGAAAAUAAUCCUAAAAAAUAUGAUCAGGAACCAUCUCUUGUUCGAACCUGAUAGAAAUAAAUGGAUUCUGAGAAGGACUCCAAAAUGGGCUGAUCCGCCCUUAUCCUUUACUGGCAAGUGUUGCACUUGAAGGUACUUUAAAUGUCAGCUACUUCCUCAUACUUGUAUGGUCUAUAUCUCCAGAAUGGCUUAUCUGUUUGAGCUGAAAUUUCUACAUUAUUCCUAACUAUGUUAGCUCUGCCUACUGUAAAAAUAUUAACCAAAUCGAUAACAUCGAUUGAGCAAGGGUGGUUGUGGCUUAGGUGUAAUGGCUCCUGAGAUACGGAUUCAGACAGGAAACGAAUUCGAAACAAUUAAGAAAAAAUGAGUCGAUAGAACAAAGCAGGGAUAUUUCCUUAGUAGAGAUAUCAGAUCGGAAUGCACACAUGACAUAGGCAUACAGGACGAAGGAUAAGUUGUCGACAACACACAGAGAACAGAAAACAGAAAACAGAAAACAAAUUUUGGUGGAUCAGGUGAUUACUGGCAUCUUUUUGACCAAGUCUUAUUAUAACUGCAGCGUUCUUAAUUUGCGUAGUUGAUCUGUAUAGCGUAAUCAUCUGUGAAGAGGUCAGUGAUCAAGUAAUCAAUAUGCAUGUUUUGUCUGAAUUUUUGUUAUCAUACAUCUUGCAUUCAAGGACCAACGUGUUGGAGGAAGAAAUCGAACCGCCUGAUUUCUGACCGAUAGUCAGAGGCAUAGAACCAGUAUGUCAUCUCCGAUUUGGAGCUUCUAACUAUGAAGACGUAGCCAACUGAAACGCGAACAAUGGGCAGAAAUUCUACUUUCGAGUUCCUUUCCUAGAAACUCGAAUUCCUCUGCCAGUUUCCGUUCCUCUGAACCCAGAGUGAUUUGUCACAAUGUAUAAGAAAGAGUAUAGUUGAACACUCUAACGUUUGUGUUUGAACACGUUCAAAAACGAUUUGGAACAUGUUUACCUAUUGUUUGGAAGUGUAACCCUCACAAAUAGGAAUCCUGACAACCCUCCCUUCGAUUGUUCGAGCGGCGCGUUGCUCUGUACUCCACAAUAUUGAUUAUUGUUGCGGAAAGAAUGCGAUUGACUGAAUCCAGAAUUCUUGUAUAGGUAAUGGAUAAAUCCGAGACCAUCUGCGGGUUUUGAAUGAGUGUGGGUGAAUGUGGGCACGAGUGUAGACGUGUGGAUGAGGAUUAAUAAAAUAUUAACACCCUCAUCCAUACCUAUAUCCUUUGAACGAAUUGAUUCUAAAAAGAAGGUCGGAUCUGAACCGAAAUUCAGCUACGUAGCUUGUGGCGUUUUUCCGUUACCAAUGCUUGUGCCGGCCUAAAUGGUUGGGCUGGAUGAGACCAGCUCAUAAGCCUGCAUAAGUCAUCCUUCAUUUGGAGGUGUAGGUGUGGGUGUGGGUCUUCUUUUCAUUCGCACCCACACCCACAUCCACACCCACACCCUCAAUGUCGAAUCUCAGUUGAUUGGACUAGUUCAAAGUGGCCAUCCCAGAUUGGCCUAGGCGGAUCUCAGAUUGGACUAAAUCCGAGAUUGGACGCUAACAUAUAUAUUCAUACUCAUAAAUUACAUCUUUCAUAAAAAAAAACAAAAUUUAUUAUUUCUAAGAGAAUGACUAUCGUGAUCUAUUUCUUUUUCCAAGAAAAAAACUGUACUAAAAUCUUUUCUAAAGCCGUCUAAUUCAAGUAUAAGAUCAAAGAUAGUUGAAAAAAACAAACGUUUUGUUUUUUCAACCAUCUAUUAGUAAAUCGAUAAUAUGUAUGUAGUACAAAAUACAAAACAAGGAAAAAGCAUCUAUCAAUAGUUAUUUAAUGAUAAAUUACGUAAUAAAGAAAACCAAAAAGAAACGAACACAAAAUCAAUAAUUGUUUUUGAUAGUACCACCUCCACUAUCAAAACAGAAAAAUUGAAAACCAGCCAAAACUCGGAACAAUGUAGAUUUUGCAAAAAUUCAAAUGAACUUUUCACUUUUUUCUCUCUAUACUCUCUCUCCCUCUCUCUUAUUUUAUCAUUUUAUUCUCUCUUUUCUCUCUAUUUCAGUCUAUCCAUUACGUGGAAGUUCGAUUGACAUUCAUCCAAAUGCUCGAUGGCAACAGAAUGGUACCACUGUAGCUGGAGGAAAUCGACAAGGCAAUGGAAUCAAUCAACUCUCUUACCCAUGGGGUUUGUAUGUUGAUGAUGAUCAAACAAUCUAUGUUGCUGAUACGUCGAAUAACCGUAUUGUGGAAUGGAAAUUGGGUGCAAAGAGUGGCCAAGUAGUUGCAGGUGGAAAUGGACAAGGAAGUGGGAAUCAUCAAUUGUCAAGCCCAGAAGAUGUGAUUGUCGACAAAGGGACAGAUAGUCUCAUCAUAUGCGAUGGUUCGAAUGCAAGAGUGGUUCGAUGGUCUCGUCGAAAUGGAACAAGUGGAGAAACAAUCAUCUCCAAUAUCUCUUGUUUGGGUUUGACAAUGGAUGAGAAUGGAUCUCUCUAUGUUGUUGACGAUGGAAAAUAUGAAGUGAGACGAUAUCGAAGAGGAGAUUCUCAAGGAAUAGUGGUUGCAGGUGGCAAUGGAAGUGGAAAUCGUCUCGAUCAACUCUCUCACCCAGAAUACGUAUUCGUCGAUCGAAAUCAUUCAGUAUAUGUAUCUGAUUGGGAAAAUGAUCGUGUAAUGAAAUGGAUGGAAGGUGCAAAACAAGGCAUUGUUGUGGCUGGCGGUCAAGGAGAAGGAAAUGGUCUUACACAAUUGUCAUUUCCUGAAGGAGUCGUUGUCGAUCAAUUGGGCACUGUCUAUGUGGCUGAUCAAGUGAAUAAUCGAAUCAUGCGUUGGCCCAAAGGAGCCACACAAGGUAGUGUCAUUAUUGGUGGAAACGGUAGUGGAGGACAAUCAAACCAAUUCUAUUGGCCCCUCGGUUUGUCAUUCGAUCGAUAUGGCAAUCUCUAUGUCGUUGAUUGUGGAAAUCAUCGAGUACAAAAAUUCAAUAUCGAAUCCAAUAAUUAA